AUGAGAAAUUCAUUCACUUUAAUGCUUGUUUGGGACCUAGUUUUGUGUUCCAUAGUAUGGCACAGCUACAAGCAGACAGACAGCAAAACAACCUGCACCCUGUCAUUGAUAGAAUACAGGGACACCGUUGCCUUUAAUGCCAAGAUAAAUUUCAAGCAUCUCAGUAAUUUAUGGUCCAGAUUUACUGGUUUUCAGACAAGUCUAGAUGGAGGUCAAACAUAUCAGCAUCUCUGCCUAGUUGAAAUAGGGCCCAGAUGCAAGGGGAACAACCCUUCGAUAUGUACCUGUAAACUCACAUUUGAAAUAGAAGUUUAUGAUAUCGAAAUUAACCUACUGGCACAAAAACGUUACAGCGAGGCUCUGAUACGAGGGUACAUCAACCACUCGACGGAUCAGCCGAUUUAUAGCAAACCACAACGGUUUCCUAAAAUUUACAAUAUGUCCGAGGUACAACUCCAGCUGAACAACAUACCUCUACCUACAACAACAGACAACUACGAGGUCGACAACUACACUAUAGAGAACCGUGUGUGUUGCUUGAACUCGCCCUCACCCUGCCACAUCGACAUUGUAACUGACCAGUCAAACGGUCGUGUUGGAGAAACUUGUGUGGACUUUAACCUGACGUCAUUAAGUUUGAAAGACAGUCAGAUGGUAGAACUAAGGUACACUGUUUGCAAUGCUGUCAGUCAAAAAUAUUGGAUCAAAUACACACAUAAGAAAGGUGCCAAUGUAAAUGCCAGUAUCAAACUAAUGAAUUACAGGCAGGAAGACAGUCAGACAAGCUGUCAUGAAGGCCUAAGGCACGGGGCAGAUAACGUUGUAUUUAAAGCACAAGUCUGCUUAACCCAGGAGAAUUCAAUUGUCAAGUUUGUUACCAAGAAAUUUGGGGAUGUUGACUUUCACGAAGUAAGAAUGCGAAGGAAAAUGCAUUAA